AUGCAUGUUUACACCUCACUCCCAAUCUGAUCAAUUCUCAUGCUAUCAACACCGCUGAGAGGAAACGUCUGGUCCAUGUCUGUAAGUGUGUUUGGCUUUGUCAGAGGAAGGGGCGCAAGCUUUGCACGAGAUGGACUGUGAAAUCCACCGACUGGUCUGAAAUAACUCGGCAUUGUGUUAUUGUUCAUUUGGCUUGCAGAGUGCUGAGUAGGCACCUGAGAUGAGCCUUGUUUGAACUUGGCUGGCCACUCGUGGUAAUCCUUGAGCCACUUCUCUCUUAGCCUCCUUUAGCCAUCCGCAUCCAUGUACAGCAGGGUGUCCAAGUCCAGCCCGCAUGCACAGAAGAAGAUGCAGCACCGCUCAAAGGGCAAGGGCUGCGGCUACUACAUGCGCAUUGUAUUCUUCUUCUCUUCGCUCAUUCAGUCUCUGAUCAUAGUUAGCCUCGUGCUCUUCCUGGUCUACGGUAAGACGCAGGACUCGGCGUCCACAACACGCAUCCAGGACCUGGAGGAGAGCUUCAGCCGGCUCUCCAUAGAGAAUGUGGCCCUGAGGCUGCAGAGGAAGAACCUGACCAACUUACUCAACGCCACCAUGACAGAGAAGGCCCGCAACGACUGGGACCUGGCCAAACUCCGCUACUACUCAAACAUCUCAGUGGUUUUUAUCCAAGAUAUCGACAAAAAGCUGCAAGAGUGCCAGAGAGAGGCAUUCUAUUACAAGAACACCGCCCGAUGCCCAACCACAUUUCAAAUGACUGAUAACUGCAACUGUGGGCUGCUGAGUGAACGACUGAAAGCCAGGCUUGACCUUGUGGAGUCCAACUUCACACAAACAACGCAGAGGAUGAGGAUGGAAAUGGACCAGACCGCCAAAGAGAGAGAUACCAUUAGCUUGGAGGCCAUCCGUCUGCGGAGGGACAAAGCUACGCAUGAAAAGGAGGUGGAGUUCUUUAGGCGAAAAUGCAAAGAUGACUUUGCCCAGUCCUUGAGUGGCAUUUCCAAUGUCUCCAAGGCUUUCCUAGAGAAGAUAAGUUCCCUCUUCCCUUCACACAUCGCCUUCCAGCUCACCUGUCCCAAACAGAGGGACCACCUGGAGCAGAUCCGCACCAAUUGCACCAGCCUGUCCAUGGAAGUGGAGGACAAGUUCCAGCGUUACCUGGAUAGUGUGGGAGGACAGGUGUCAGCCAUCCAGGCAGAAAGCAGCCGUCUGAAGGCAGAGAACUGGCGACUGUCUGACGACUACCGCUGGUGUACCACGAACCGCACAGGCCUGAUCCUGCAGCACGGACAGAACUUGGACAAGCUUCAGCGGAAACACGACGAGGAGAAGGAGAGACUCCUGAUAGACAAGAUGAAGCUUAACGGAGAGUUGGAAGUCCUGAGAAACAGUGUCAAAUAUAAAAGUAAAGAGGUUGAUCACCUUGCAGAGCAAAUGAAGCAUCUCAACGCGUCCUGCAUCCCUAAGACAGGUUUUGGUGCAGGAGGCUCUCGGUCAGGCACACAGCCCCAGCCUGGGUGGGGCAUCGGUGGUGGAUCCAGCUCUGCCUCAUCCAGCUCCUCUAUUGGGGGUCAGCCUAGUAGGACAGGGUCAGGGGGAUUGAGUUCGAGCAUUGGCUCACUUGGGUCACCAUUCAAUAAGCCAGUAUCGAAUGGGGCGGGCUCGUCAAGCUCGUCCGUCUUGUCAUCCGGGUCAGGUAGCUCCCUUGGGUCACCAUUCAAUAAGCCAGUAUUGAAUGGGGCGGGCUCUUCAAGUUCGUCCGUCUUGUCAUCCGGGUCAGGUAGCUCCCUUGGGUCACCAUUCAAUAAGCCAGGAUCGAAUGGGGCGGGCUCUUCAAGUUCGUCCGUCUUGUCAUCCGGGUCAGGUAGCUCCACUGGGUCAGGAUUUAAUAGGCUAGGACAAGGAUCAAUUGGGGCAGGCUCUUCAAGUUCGUCCGUCUUGUCAUCCGGGUCAGGUAGCUCCACUGGGUCAGGAUUUAAUAGGCUGGGACAAGGAUCAAUUGGGGCAGGCUCUUCAAGUUCGUCCGUCUUGUCACCUGGGUCAGGUAGCUCCACCGGGUCAGGUUUCAAUACUGGGGGAGGAUACCCAAGCUUUGGCUCAGCGUCAAAUCCAAAUCUUAGCCCUAGUGGGACAGGUUCCAAUAACCCAGCACAGAGUGGGAGAGGCUCUCCAACUUUUGGGUCAUCCUCUGGGUCAAGCGGGAAAAGCUUAGGCUUAGGUUCAAACCCUUUUGGGUCAUCCUCUGGAUCAUCCUCUGGGUCAUCCUCUGGUUCUUCCUCUGGGUCAUCAUCUGGUUCUUCCUCUGGGUCGUCCUCUGGUUCUUCCUCUGGGGCGACUGGGGCAACGAGUAAAAGUGGGUCAGCCAACAACCCAUUUACUUGGUUUGGGAUGGGUAACUCAGGACAAAGUAAGCCAGGAAGUGGAACAGGGAAAGCACCAUCCACUGGGAAUAGUUAUGGUGGAACUGGGUCGUCAUUUGGUGCAGGAAGAACGAGUGGCUCAGUCACUCAGCACCUUAAAGAUCUGCAACGCCUCAUCAACCCCCCUGGCCCAGAGGAGAAACAAGAUCUCUCCAGAAUGAUGGGUUAGUCCACCUUAAUUAGAAAAGCCAAAGCUUAAAGGAGAUUUGUCUCCCACUGCAUCUAUGAAGCACAGCUCAAUGCAAGCUUUACAUAUUGAGUUCUCAUAUUUUAUAUCAAUAAAUGCACCAUAUAUUAUA